AUGCGACCUGCAACACGGGCUCCAAAAGAAAUUCAGCGCGCCGCUCGGCCUCGCGACGGCACUAAACGCUCCACUCGCCUGCUCCACGGUGGCAAUCGCCGACGCGUUCAACACCUCGAGUAUGAGCGAGAACACCCAAUCCUUUAUGUCCCUCUUGAGCGCGGCCGUCACGAGCAGCGCCACAGUAGCGAACGCCGUCCUAAACAACCUCGGCUUGCUGUCUAUGCGCAGCAUCGUGAGCGCCAAGUGCACGACGUUCCUAGCAGCCUCCUUGUUGAGCGUGCCGAGGUUAGCCGCCUUCAGCACGUCGAACUGGCUCUUGAACAGUACCUCCAACUUCGAUAUGCGCAGCAAACUCUCGGACGUCACCUGCAUCUGGAAGAACGAUGUUAUCAGCACCCACUGCUUGCCGAAGAGGUAGUUGUUCUCCGAAAACGUCUGCACGAGCUGCGCGAGUAUCGCGUUGCACGCCACGUUCCACUGGUACCUGUAGUUGUGCGAGCAGGGCGCCUUGUGCACCGACUUGCAGCACUGGAUGAAGAGCGACAACAGGUGCCAGGGCGACUGAAACGAGAAAAAGGGCGUCUGGAAUAUGGCCGGUCCAAUCACCCUGAAGAGCGCCGGCAGGUUCGACAAAAAAACAAUCGGCUUCCCCACGAAACACUUCGACACAAUGUUGGCGUUGAACGGACACUUCACGGACGCACCGUCGGCCGCCGACAGGUGCAUCGCCAAGGCGCCGCAAAUGUCCUUGAGAAUGCGCGAUAUGGCGUCCAAGGUGGGCAUCGUCUGGCACUUGACGAACUGGUUCAUGUCCGACACGUGGCUCAGGAUCAGCGAGUGCUGCGCCUGCGGGUGGCUCUCCUGAGAGAGCCAAAACAGAACCAACUUCCACCACGAAUCGUACUUCGCGCCGAAGGCGCCGGGGUUGACCGAGGAGACCUUGUAGAACAACUCCAACAAGGUCGGAAUGUAUAGGUGGAUCUGCUUCGUCGCCUUUAUGAAGUUGAACAGGGUUUCCAGCAAGUACUCCGCCUGGCUGAACACGACCGACUGCGUAGAGUAAUCGAUGAACUUGUUGAAUACCGUCAGGCGCAACAACCGCCUGUCCGUCUGCUUCGACUGCGUCAAAAACGCCAUGAAAUCCACGACCGGCUGCG